CCCACACUAGGAACUGUGUUGCGGCAGAGCCCGGUUUCGAGUCGGACGUAUUUUGAAACAGCAAACAAAGAUGGCGACUCCCCACGGUCGCUCAUGCUUCCAGUAUCUGUUCCACCUCGCCCAAGAUAAUCUGGACUUCAGGUUACCGGAGAUCAAGUCUCUGCUGGCUCUCACAGGAAAACCGUUCCAGCCAAGUGGAAACUUCAAAGAAAAGGCUCCUUUCUGGUGUCUGGAUGGCUUGUGUGAGGAGGAUGUCCGUGGCAUCAUGGCCAGAUCUGUCUGUGCAAAGUCUGCCUUUGAGUUAUGGGGUCAUGGACAGACACACAGUGAACUCAGAACAUCCCUCUUGAAAUACCCAUCAGAGAACAUGUCACCCUUCAUGCACAAAGAAUCCACAUACAGAAUCAACGUCUACACUUUUAACAAGACUCUGGAGUUCACAGACAGAAUCAAAAGGAUUGAUGCUUUGGAGUAUCUUCCAUUUGAGGGCACGGUGAGCCUGAAGAGCCCCCAGCACAUCUUCUGUUUGUUAGAGGAUUACGGCACGGAACCCAACAACAUCCCAGAGCACCCACUCUACAUAUACUUUGGCCGAUGGAUAGCGGACGGUCAGCGUGAACUCAUUCGCUCCCACAGCGUGAAGAACAGACACUUCAUUGGGAACACCAGUAUGGAUGCCGGCCUCUCAUUCCUCAUGGCCAACCACGCUAAAGUCAAAGAGAAUGACCUUGUUUUUGACCCAUUUGUUGGCACAGGAAGCCUCUUGGUAGCAUGCUCUCAUUUUGGAUCCUAUGUCUGUGGAAUAGAUAUUGAUUACAACACUAUUCAUGGCAGAGGUCGGUCGAGUCGUACGAACCAGAAGUGGCGAGGACCCGAUGAGAAUAUCAGAGCUAACCUCCGGCAAUAUGGAACAGAGAAGAUGUAUUUGGAUGUAAUGGUGUCCGAUGCAUCCAAGUCUGUGUGGAGGGACGCUGCUCUGUUUGAUGCCAUUAUUACUGACCCUCCAUAUGGUAUCCGGGAGUCCACCAGACGAACAGGCUCCCACAAAGACAUCACUAAACCUGCUGAUGGCAUCUAUGGCGAGUCUCAUGUCCCUGUCUCACAGGCGUACAACCUUAGUGACAUCUUCACAGAUCUGUUAAACUUCUCAGCUCACCACCUGGUGAUGGGCGGGAGGCUCGUCUAUUGGCUGCCAGUCUACAGUCCCGAAUACAAAGAGGAGAUGGUUCCUCUUCAUCCGUGUCUCCAGCUCAUCAGUAACUGUGAGCAGACGCUCUCCAGCCACACUUCCCGACGCCUGAUCACCAUGGAGAAGAUCAAAGAGCCAGAGGAGUUCGACCGGUUGGCUGAUCCAAGUUUCAGUCCCUACCAGGGACACAACGCCUUCCGAGAGAAGUAUUUCAACAGUCUCAACAAGAGGUGUGGGAAGGAGGAGAACAAAUCGGAUAUUAAUGGAGAGUAAAUUGAUGCCUCAAGAACAGGAGUGGGAGAAAAACUCUUCAGCGUCUGUACUGAAAAGAGAAAACAACCAUACACAAGAAUCGGGACAUGGUUGGUUGUGGAUUCAAGAGAGAAACAAAGUGUUAGUUUAUUUCUUAUGAUUGUUUUUCUAAUCUUUCAUACUAUUUUAAUUGUGAUUAGUUUUAUGCGUGUAAUUACUAAUUUGGAAAUAAAUGGAUAAAAUUGA